GAAUGAGUAUAUAGGGUGUUUCAAAAUCUUUAAUGUUACAAUGUUCAAAAUCUCAAGUAUUACAAAUUUUUAGGACUUGUAGAGGGGACCAAGUAAAUAAGUUAGAGAUAAAAUUUUGAUUAGGAACCCAUGUUCGGAAAUGUGUAGGUAAAACAAAAUCUAAACGGCAUUGCGUCUGGGCUACGUCUGGUUGACGUCUGGGUUAUGUGUUGAACGGCAAGUGUAAAAUGUGAUGAUGUACCAUCGUGUUAAAACCACAUUUCUUGAUAAAUGUUCAAUGGGACAUCUUCCAAGAACUCUGGCAAUACUUCUUACAAGAAGUAUUAUACUCUUUUAGAGCCAGAGAAAAAUAUAAUUGCAUGAAUUCUGGCCGCGAUACAACAGACUCAACACAAACCAGAGAGAAAGUUUGAAUGAGAAAGUGUCAGAAUGGAAGACGAAGAUUUCGGAUUUACGAAAAGGGACAGCAGAGCCCUAGUGAAGGUCCUAACCGUUGAGAAAGAGGAAGGGCAUACACAACAGGAGAGAGGACCGUCCUCAGCGCCGACGAGGGCUGCGGCUGCCAGUGGAAGCGGUGGCGGCAGCGAUCGUGGCCGUUCCAAGACCGCCCCCUCGUCAGUUCCAAACAACGCGCCGAACAUACCGAACGUCGUCGAGUAUCAUCUCAAAGUAAAGCCACCUUCUAAGAUUAACAAACUCGAGGAACAAUCUAGAACCAAUCGUACAGAAGAAAUGAAGAAGGAUUUACUGUCUGCGACGGAAAAUAAGAAAGACUGGAUAACAAAAUUAUCUCGUCUGUCGAUCGACAACAAUGUGUUCGAGGGGUCGACUGAUCUGCCACAGGUGUUUCAGGUAAAAUACUUGGGAUCUCACGAUGCAAGGGGCCUCUGGGGUAUAAAGCACACGAGACAACCGGUCGAUAAUAUGGUAACCUCGGCUAAAGCAUUACCGACCAAUACGAUGCUACCUCUGAUCAAGUUAGUGGUAUCCCAAGAAGGCGUAGCACUUCUACCGCUUGACAAAAGGAAGCAGGAAGGCAACACAGCUAGAAUGUACGCGAUCGAAACUAUUUCCUAUGGCGUCCAGGAUCUUGUUUAUACCAGGGUAUUCUCAAUGAUCGUCGUUCGUGAAACAGAUAACUUCCGUAGGGUAUCACCCUUUGAGUGUCACGGUUUCGUUUGCGAAUCGAAACAUCAUGCCAGACAACUCACUUACGCACUUGCCACUGCAUUUGAAAUUUACUCGAGAAAAGUUAAGAUCCAGGACAAGGUUAAUUCCGAAAAUGUUAUCAGUAAUACUAAGACAAGAUUUGCCAUCGAUCUUAGAAGUCCUGAAGAAAUCGAAGCCGAUCUUUGUAUGGAUUCUGAAGCGUGAAAAUUUUACAUAUCUUCUUUCAGAGAUAUCACGGUUGUUCGUUAAUUUCAAACAUUUUUCGUCGAUAAAUGUCGACGAAGGUCUCUCCUUUUAUUUUCUUCAUGUUACCUUCAAACAUAAGAGUAUAUAUCUCUAGUAGUUAUACUGUUUAACGAUAACGAGUUGCAAAUAA